AUGUAUUCAGAUCGUAAACUUUCGCGUCUCCCUCUUCAUUUAUCUAUUGAACAAAAACAGCUUUCAAAACUAGCUUCUUUACCCCGUAAUCCAAUACGAACGACACAAAAUUUAUUGAUUACUGAUGAGAGAGUUUUAAGAAGACGUUGUAAUUGGGAACCAGAAUUCGCGAAAAGUGUACAAAAGAAAUGUGCACAAUGGAUAGCACCAAAAAAUUGCACUGCAUUAGAUCUAUUAAAAGAUACUCAUAAAGAAACUAAAGAACCUUUCAUGUCAACGUCAUUGCCUGAGUUAGAUGUAGCAUUAGGUGGAGGUAUACCAUGCUCGUCAUUGACAGAAAUUGUAGGGCCUACAAAUUUCGGCAAAACCCAAUUUUGUCUUACAUUAUCAAUUCUUGCCACAUUGCCCGUCAGCAUGAAUGGUCUUGGUGGAGGAACGUGUUAUAUAAGUACCCAAGGAACUUUUCCCGCAGAAAGGUUGAUGGAAAUCGCAAAGUAUAGAUUCCCAUAUUUAUUCGGUGAUGAAAAUCCACAAUGUCAGGAUAAUCUUAAAAAAAUGACCGAUGCAAUUCAUUUAAUGAAAGCCAAAUCCUCUAAGGAGUUGGCGAAUAUAUUAGAGAAUUUUCAAGAAUUCAUAAUCGAGAAAAAUAUUAGAUUGUUGAUAAUCGAUUCAUUUGGUGCACUUAUAAAAAAGGAAUUUAUUGGUAAAAAAGAUUCCUUAGAUAAAAGAAGUCGAUUAUUGGUUAAAUUUGCCGCAUGGUUAAAGUUCUUAUCUGAAUCAUUCAAUAUGCCGACAAUCGUGACAAAUCAAGUUAUUUCCUUUAAUAAUAUACGCGAGGCAUUAACAGAUCUUACAAAUGAAUCAGAUUCAGGUAUAAAACCAGCACUAGGAAAUACAUGGUCGCAUGCUGUAAACACGAGGUUGAUGAUGGAUUACUGUGACAUUAAUCCCGUUAUAAUGCUCUUAAAUCCUGAUGUUCCAAGAAAUCUCAGGAAAAUAAGAGUCGAAAAGUCUCCAAUCGGCGCACGAAAAACUUUUUACUUCACUAUUGAGAGAAAAGGGAUUGUAAAUUUUGACUUGAAAAAUGUAAUCGACAAUAUGAGAAAUUGUAAUCAAGAUCGAACUUCAGAUAUAAAAAGGUUAAAGAUUGAUGAAGAUGAGUAG